AUGUCCGACUCCAUGGAAGUAGACCCGCCUCCUUCUGCUGGGAUGAAGCGGAAGGCGGAGGAAGACCUAGACGAGUCGCGUACUCCCCGUCGUAUUCGGGCGCUUGACCCCAAUGUUGUCAACAAGAUUGCCGCAGGCGAAAUCAUCGUUGCCCCUGUCAACGCCUUGAAGGAGUUGGUCGAGAAUUCUGUCGAUGCUGGCGCCACUGCUCUCGAGGUUCUGGUCAAGGAGGGCGGCCUCAAACUCCUCCAGAUUACCGACAAUGGCUGUGGCAUUCAGAAAGAAGACUUGGAGAUUCUCUGCGAACGCCACACAACCUCCAAAAUCACCGCCUUCGAGGACCUCACUUCCAUCGCCACCUACGGCUUCAGAGGUGAAGCAUUGGCAAGUAUCAGUCACAUCGCCCACCUCUCGGUGACCACAAAGACCAAGGAGUCGGACUGCGCGUGGCGCGCCACUUACCUCGAUGGAAAGUUGGCCCCUCCGAAACCCGGCCAGUCGGCCGAACCCAAGCCCACCGCCGGCCGCCAGGGCACCCAGAUCAGCGUCGAAGACAUGUUCUAUAACAUACCAACUCGUCGACGAGCUUUCAGGUCCCCAGCCGAAGAAUUCAACAAAAUCAUUGACAUUGUCGGUCGCUACGCCAUCCACUGUAAGGGAGUGGCUUUCUCAUGCAAGAAACACGGGGAAUCCGGCACCAGCGUCUCCAUUCAAGCAUCCGCGAGCGAGGUCGAUCGCAUAAGGCAGAUUUACGGAUCCGGUGUGGCCAACGAGCUGAUGCAUUUCUCAACAUCCGAAGACCGCUGGGGCUUUAAGGCCACCGGUUGGGCUACGAAUGCCAAUUACAACAUCAAGAAAACCACCUUCCUCCUAUUCAUCAACCACCGAUGCGUCGAGUCCACCAACAUUAAAAAAGCUCUGGAGCAGUUGUACUCUACCUUUUUGCCCAAGGGCGGUCGGCCAUUCAUCUAUCUCAGCUUGGAAAUUGAUCCCGCCCGCGUCGAUGUCAACGUCCAUCCGACGAAGCAGGAGGUGCACUUUUUGAACGAGGACGACGUUAUCCAAUCAAUAUGCGAGCACAUUCGGUCGAAGCUCGCAGAGGUGGAUACAAGUCGCACAUUCAUGACGCAAAGCUUGCUUCCAGGCAGUCAUCUGAUAGACACGGUCCCUCAAUCCGAGGGCGAGGGCACGCCAGCAACUCCGGCUCGAGAAACACCGGGCUCGAAACGGCCGCGAAGGAAUUCUAAUAGCCUUGUCCGCACCGACACGAGCCUACGCAAAAUCACAAGUAUGCUCCCAUCCGCUGCAGCAGCCACCCCCUCCAAGGCAUCUCCUGCAGCAGCGGCUGGAUCGUCUGACGAGAACGCCUUGUCUGCCUCGGAAAAUAUCCAGUACGAGAUCGUGGACAGGCCUUUUGCGCCGAUGAGGCUCACUAGCAUCAAGGAGCUUCGUGCCGAGGUCAGAGAAGACAUGCACAAUGACCUCACAGACAUCUUUGCUAACCAUACGUUUGUCGGCAUCGUCGACGAGCGCCGCCGCCUUGCCGCCAUUCAGAGCGGUGUCAAGCUGUAUCUCAUUGACUAUGGCCGAACCUGCUAUGAGUACUGCUACCAAGUCGGCUUGACGGACUUUGGUAAUUUUGGCACUAUUCGUUUCACGCCACCCCUGGACCUGCGGGAGAUCCUCCAUGUGGGCGCCGAGAUAGAGAAGAAUAACAUUGAGUCUCCCGAUGAGGACUUUGACGUUGAUGACGUUGUUGAAAAGGUCGCCGCCCAGCUGAUCGAGCGACGCGAGAUGCUUAGCGAGUACUUCUCGCUCGAAGUCAGCCCCGCAGGCGAGCUGCUCACCAUUCCCCUCCUGAUCAAGGGCUACACACCGGCCAUGGUCAAGCUGCCCCGCUUCUUGCUGCGUCUGGGGCCCUGCGUCGACUGGGCCGAGGAGAAGUCGUGCUUCGAUACGUUUUUGAAGGAGUUGGCGUCCUUCUAUGUGCCUGAGCAGUUGCCGCCGACGGUUGGUGGGGAGGCUGAUGAGGACGAGGGAGAAGGCAAGCUUGAUGACCGAGUUGCGGAACGGCGGCGGAAUGUGCGCUGGACCAUGGAACAUGUUUUUUUCCCCGCCUUCAAGGCGAGGCUGGUGGCGACGACGUCGUUGAUGAAGGCAGCCGUGUUGGAGGUUGCCGACCUGAAGGGCUUGUAUCGGGUAUUUGAGAGGUGUUAG